AACGUACAGAAUUGGAUCACAGUAAUCGAGUCGAGCAAACAACGCGAAGUAAAUUGAAAGCGUUCUAGUUACACUUUUUAAAGUUUUAUUUUGUUUAAAGUUGUCAUUCAAUUUAUUAAAAACGCAUCUAGUUGAGAUUUCGAAUGGUUGUUGAAAAAUAGUGAUAUUUUGCUAUUAAGUUCAUGUUAAUUGUCGGUGUUUAGAGCGAUGGAGUAUAAGUCGUUUUACAAAAAUGCGUCCCGCGGCAAUCGUCUAAAAGAGAAUAACAACCAACGGUUGAAGUCGAAACGUGAGAGCUCUCGUCAGGACCUGCACUUUAAUAAUCGGAAUCUAAAUCCCUCCGAUUAUGAAGAGGAUGACGAUGAAGUAUUUCUGAGAGGUCCUAUGAAGCAUCAUCAGGGAACCUCGAAUAAAAAACGAAGACGCUCUGGGCAGCGAAAUGACGAAAACAAGGAAAAUGAAAUGCGCUGCAAAUAUGAGGAACGCCUUUUGCGAUUAAUGAAAUUCAAAGAGGAGCGUGCCAAAGCGAAACAUUUAAAUUCGGUUAAAAAGAAACCGUUCGUUUCGGUCGUUCCGAAGAAUAAUCUGAUUGAUCGAGAGUACGAAUUAAAUCUUUUCAAAAAAUCGGAGGCUGAACUGAAACAGUUAGCCGAAAAGCGACAGGUACUGACUCCAGCAGCGAAGCAUGCCACUCCCAGGGUAGAUACUCGUCGAAAAGGACCCAUUUUAUGCACUGCUAGCAAAGAUGAACAGAAAAAAAAUAUUCUGAAUCACAAAACUCCUGCAUCGAUAAAGAAAGCCAAGCCGAAAGUUGAUACUUGGCGUAAGGGACCAACUCCUGCAAAUGACGGACUAGGCAGAAAAGAACAAAAGAGAACCGGUGCGACUACGCGGAGCAAAGCUGCAACAGCAAGUACGACUGCUACCAAAAACAAGCAGACAGCUGUUUCAAAUAAUAAGAGGGUGAAGGGAGGACCGCAAGCAAACGCGUUGACGGCGUAUCAAGUGGCUCGCUCCAACCAGAAAUCGUUGAAAUUCAACUUUCUUUUCGCUAAAGACGGCCCAAUGAUCACUUCUACCAACCGUAAGAAGAAAAGCCUAGAAAAGCUGCUCGAGCCUGUUGAAUCCAAACAGCAACCGAGAACGUAUCGCUUUUCACCAAAGAGGUACGAUCACGACGAAGACAUUUUCGAGGGCAUCAGUCCAAUCGAUGUCGACACUCCGACACCGAAGAAGAUUGUCGCGGACACAGAAGCCAUUGCUAUUCGCAAGCGCGAAACCCGACGGCGGUCGAUGAUCUUCACUGUGGAAGAUGUUAAAGACGUUAAGCCGGUAGAGAUUAAGAACGAAGCACAAAAUGAAUGGGUUCCACAAGUGAUAACCAUUUCCGACGAUGAAUCUGAACAUGGAUCGGCUGUGAAGAAGGAAAUAAAGACAAAUGCUUCCUUCACGGUGAACUUGAAAGAAGAUAAGCUUUCGGAUCGACGACCGACGAUUGACGAAUCGAUAACCGCUAAUGAGUCACCGAAGCUAAUUGGAAGUGGGCGGAAAUUGCCGAAAGGAAGAUCUUCUCUAGUUUUCGUAGAGGAUAUUAACAUUCCCACUGCUGAAACAAAGAUCUCCUGUGUAACAAAACAAACGGGUCGAAGUUCGAUAGGCUUUAUUGAGGAAUCUAAUGACCAACCGCCUGUGGUUUCGAUUGAAAUAUUGGAUUCUCCUCAAAAUGCUGGCAACAUGAGCCCUCAACGAAAAUCGGGUACUCCGCGGUUCAGUUUUAUAGAAGAGGAUAAACCUGCUGGAAAACCACUCCCCGAAGGAAACCUCGCCACAAUUCUGUUGAAUAAACAAGAGACAAAGCGUCGUAACAGUAGUGGAGGACGACGUUCCUCUCCGAUCAGCUUCCGUGAGGAUGAUAAACCUCCAACAGAUGUCCGGGAGAAGGUGACUUUUUACUACAACUUGGUCGACAAAGAACUGAAUCGACUUCAGGAGUUAUGUGACCUCUACAAGAAUGAUCUCGAGAACGAAGCAGUUGACGAGAAUGGCAGAGGGUUGAUAAUCGCUGCUCAAGGACAUACGAAUAUUUUGAUCAACAAGAAAUUAUCCAAGUUUAAGGAGUUGGUGGGUCACUAUGAGCGGAGCUGGUCGGAUCAGAAAGUACGAACCGACGAUCUUGACGGGUUUUGGCUGAUGCUAUCCCUGGAUUUGGAAAAUCUUGACCGUCGUUUCGAGGAACUGCGAUUGCUAAAGCAGAACAAUUGGCAAGAAAUUAUUGAGCAGCCAAAAGUAAAGAAAUUGAAAGGCGGAGCUGGUAUUAGGAAGCGCGAAAAGAAACCUAUGAAAACCAAAGCCAAUGGAGGCUUGGCUGAUUUGAUAAAGAAAGCUCGCGAAGAGGCAAAAAAGAAAUUAAUGAUGGAGUCGGUUCUCAAGGAAUCAGUGACCGUUGUGACGCCGGUGAAGCGGUCAGUCCGCAUUGCAACCACUCCGAGUAGAAAUAGUAUUAACAUAAAUAGCAGUUGCACGGGCUGUACGCCAACGUCAAUCAAGAGUACUAAGAACUCAAGAAAGACUAUUUUCAAUGAUCAUACUCUUCGCCAUCACGAAAUAGUAAAAUCUAUUUUGAAAACCCCCAGCGAAAAGCGUCGCGCCAAGAGUGUGCUAUUUCUGGACUCUGGGCUUGAUACGCCAGAAGCACGCCAAUCAGACGGACGGCGCAAAAUAGUUCAUACCCCCAAACCGAAAAUUACCUUCAACGAAGAGCUGGAAGUGGAAGACGUUGAAACCAUUUCCUUGACUACACCGUACAAGCUUGACGAGGAGAUCCGAAAACGAAAACGUAGCUCAGUUUUCCCAAUUACGGAACAGUCAGAGGAACAACACAGUUGUGCGGGGUCAAGUCGGCGAAAAACGCUAAGGUUUUCGGUGAUCCCUACGGUUGAAGAAGAUUCUGCACAGGAAGAGGCGCGGGAUCAAGCGAUUUCCCCUUCGAUAAAUGCGACUAAAGAGAAGAGAAAGACGAGGCGAACGGCACGUGGAAUUGAAAACGAUCAGCUUUGACUGAAGUUCUCAACACUUAUGUCUUAAAUUAUUACGUUUUAGUUGUGUCUCUUUAGUGUUUAAUAUUUGGACAUGUUCAAUCGUUUGUGUGCAUCUGACUGAGCACCAAUUAUUGUAGGCCUCUUCUAAUUGUAACUUCUUUUGUUCAUAGUAUUUUCGAACGGGAAUAUAUACCUAAGAAACAAA